GUGUGUGUGUGUGUAAUGUCACCAGAUGACGUUUGUUUGCAGUGCCCCCCUAUAUCAUCUCGUCCAGAUGUGAGCUCUAGUUUACAGACAACUCGCCUCCAGAGAAGACUGUCACUUCUUGGGUCUGUACAUCCAGCAACCACAGUAGAGAUGAACACAAGAUUUAUCCUUGCACUGGUCUUCGCACUUCAGGUCUCCUUGAGCCUGAGUGAGGUUCCUGCACCAAGCCAGGAACUUGUUGACAAGUAUGAGGCCAUGAAAGCCACUUUCUACAAGAGACUGGUCAAUGCUUAUGGCAAGCUGCAGGGUGCCGUUUCUGACAGUGACCAGGCACAGCAAACCAGGGAGUUAAUCGAGUCUCUGAAAGACAAGCCUGAACUGCAAGCAUUUGUCAAAGUUGCAAGUGCUCUGGGCACAGAAGCAGCUCCGAUGGUGGACAGGGCCCGUGCAUCACUGCUUGGUUUGUACGAACAGUAUCUGCGCCCCCAUGUUGGAGAGGGCCUGAGCAAUGCCAUCGACCAGAUCAAGGUCUUUCUGGAUCAACAUUUGCCCGCUGAGUAAAACAAUAAUAACAAUAAUAAUAAUAAAAGGAACAGCUGAAGAGGAAGUGCAUGUGACAUGCCUGUAAUAGAUAAUAGCUGACAAAAUCUACACCCGUUUAGUUUGAGAGGAGCAAUACUCAAUGCAAGCACGAUUUUUUCUAAAUCAAUGUCUGCCAGAUCAUGCAGAGUUGCAAGCAUGGCAAACAUGUCAACAACAUGUGGCAAAUUCUGCAUGUACAGUAUUAUAUGUUUGAUACACUAACAAAGGUCUGCGUGUGACUGUGUACGUAUGUGUUUGCAUGUUCAAUAAAAUGAACUCAAAACUA